CUUGGAGGUACCCGAGCACAGGAGCUCAGCCCGAGCUGCGACGAUGAUGACGACGACGCGAACAACCUUCCCCGCGUGCAGGCCCGGCGCGCACGACGCUCCUUCGUCCGCCCCCCUUUGUUCUUCAUCCCACUGACCCCCGCGCGGGAUGCUGGUCAUUCCCUUCGGCUUUUCUUCCCCAUGCUUUCCUUCACGGCUACUGUAAAUCAUGUUCUCCUGUUAAUCUUGUCUAUAGCUGCUCUUCAUGCGCCCCGCCGGGUCGCUGGCGCCCCAGUAAACGCGACCCUCCGCCUCGACAGCCCGCUCGUCUCCUUCACCCCGGGAUGGCGCGCGGCGACGUUCGCGGGAGAUGGCAGCCAAUUCGCGUUUACGGACGGGCUGAAUGAAGAGGUGCUGAUCACGCUGCCGCCGCAAACAACACAGAUCUUCUACCGAGGCUACAAGGUCGCCGGGGGAGCACUGUUCUUGGCCUGCGUUGACUGUGCCGUGGACGUCGUGAAGGCAGAUCUCGUCGGUGUAAACUCGACUGCCGUCAUCGUCGACGCUCAUGACUCAACGGAGAACGGGACACAACCCGCAGACACGCUCUUUUCUUUCACAGACCUCGACCCAACCAUUGACCAUGUUCUUCGUGUCUUCAAUUUGGAGGAUCCUGCGUUUAAUAAUUCCAGCCAGGCCACUUUCGACUCGUUGAUCAUCACCACUGACCCCCAAGGUCAAGCGAGUGGGAACGCGACGGCGACGUCUACCGUCGUGAUCGUCGUGCCGAAUCUACCAACCUUGACUGUAACUGCCACUGAAUCGGCGAGCACUGGUACGGACUCUUCGACUACUACGGCACCCCCAGUGAAUGGUCCGAUUGCGACUGGGACCGGCACCACCGCGACUACGACUGCGACGACCGCGACCGCGACAGCAACCAGUGCGGGGCUCCCCGGGGCGACUAUCACCGCCAAUCCGCCGCCAUCUGGUUCAACGAGUGCGGGAGUUACGACCACGGGUACCACCAACAGUGGCACUGCUACGCAAACAGGGACUACUCCCGCAACCACCACAAGUGGCGUCUCUGGAACCACCGCCAGCACGCAGUCGACUGGUGUCAAUCCCACUGGUACGCAGACGACCGCUACUUCCCAACCCGGUCAGCCUGGUACCAGCACCUCCGCACCAACUGAUCCUUCCGGUACGGGUACCACUGGGACAAGCACCGUCACUAGUAGCAACCCACCGAACGGGUCGCCCCAGUCCACCCCAGGCGGUAACCCGUCAAACGGAGCCACUCAGACCACUGCGGGCGGCGGCACGGCCACCGGUGCCGGCGCCACACAGUCCACAGGCGACAGCAACCCCACAGGAGACAGCACGCCCUCGCCCUCGAUCUCCGCCGUCUUCUCCGGCUCACCCGCCAAUCCGACCGGCAUGAUGAUGGCCAGCCCCGCCCCCAACUCCAACACCAGCGGGGCGAGCACGGGGAUCUCCAAGCCGGUCAUCAUCGCGAUCGCGGUCGUCGUCUCGCUCAUCGUGCUCGCGCUCCUCGGCGCGGUCCUCUACGUGCUCGUCCGGAACCGCGGCGGGCCUCCUGGGGGGGAUAAGGAGGGCCAGGCGGGGCUGAUGCGGGAGACGACGGCGACGCCCCCAACGAUGGUCUCCGCCCCAGUGCCCGUCGCGUUCGCCCCGAUGAGGCCGCAGAACCCGUUCGCGGACACGGUCUCGGCGGACAUCCCGCUCGAUGAGCCGAUCGUGGGCGCAGCGGCGUUCGAGGAAGCCUAUGAAGUCGACGAGGUCCUCGCGCAACCGCAGCCCCGUCCCCCACCGCCUCCCAUUCCGCCGAAGAGUCCCUUGAGGGGAACGUUCAUCAACGGCCAAUACGGCAGUCCUCGGAAUUCACCAUGGCUCAGUCGAGUGCCGCGAAACUCUACCUCCACACCCCCUUCUUGAUGGCACGGACCAUGCUAGCUAGCUCCCUGUCCCUGCUCGGCAGUCGUUGUAUCUCUUAUUACUUACUUACCGUAUUCUUUCUUGGACCCCGCUCUCGCGCUCACACCUGCUGUAUCGAUCGUUCCGACACACAAACAAC